UUCCGGUCCGGUCCAAUAAUUUCGGUUCGACUUGAUUCUUACAACUAAUCAAUAAAGCGACCGCACCACAUCGAAUAUUAGCACCUUCUUCACCCCACAAACUAUUCCCAACGCUUUUUCAUUUCUUCGAUUCAAUCUCUCUCUCUCUUCCCCCUAUAACGGUGCAACGAAUCUAGGUCACAUUCACCGGAAUCUCGCGCGCGUCGUACACGACGGCGGAAAUGGCGGAAUUGCCGGACAAUCGCCGGCGUUCUUCUUCAAGUUCAUCUUCUUCAAGCGAUCGAUCGGUUAAAGUUGAGCGUGAAUUUGUUACCGGCAACGAAAGUACUACCAAUGAAGUUGUGGAUAGUACUGAUUCUGUUUCCAAUGGAGUUUCUGCUAUUAACGGUGAAAGUAGUUCUUCAACAUCAGGCAUUCCAAGCACGGGGUUGUCCAAAGUUACCACAUUGCCAGUAGAUAUAUCCCAUGGAGAUAAAAUUGAGUCAAGUCCAAGUAAGUUUAAGUUGGAAAGAUCAAAAACAGAGCGGCAGAGACAUCUAAGGCCUGAGGAUGCAGCACAAAUUUUUAAUAACAAAAUUCCUGUACAGGAAAAGCUUAGAUUGUUGAACAGAAUAGCUACCGUAAAAGACGACGGAACUGUAGAAUUUGACGUUCCCAUAGAUGUUGAACCUGAUGCCCUUGGUGCUGGAUCCAAACAUGUAAAUAAUGUUAUUGAUGAUUCACAUGGUGCAACAGACCUUGAUUACAUCCCUCCAUUGAAUAUAGUGAUGCUUAUUGUUGGUACACGAGGAGAUGUACAGCCAUUUGUCGCAAUAGGAAAACGCUUACAGGAUUAUGGUCAUCGUGUUAGAUUAGCAACUCAUUCAAAUUUUAAGGAGUUUGUUUUGACAGCUGGGUUGGAGUUUUAUCCGUUAGGGGGCGAUCCAAAAGUCCUUGCUGGAUAUAUGGUUAAAAAUAAGGGCUUUCUGCCAUCGGGACCCUCUGAGAUACCUGUUCAGAGAAAUCAAAUGAAAGAAAUUAUUAACUCUCUGCUUCCUGCAUGUAAAGAACCUGAUAUUGAUUCGGGUGUCCCCUUUAAAGCAGAUGCAAUCAUGGCCAAUCCCCCAGCAUAUGGGCAUACCCAUGUCGCAGAGGCCUUACAAAUUCCAAUUCAUAUUUUUUUCACAAUGCCAUGGACGCCAACAGCUGACUUUCCACAUCCUUUGUCUCGUGUAAAGCAACAAGCUGGUUAUAGGCUUUCAUAUCAAAUAGUCGACUCGUUAAUUUGGCUUGGAAUACGAGACAUGAUUAAUGAUCUUCGGAAGAAAAAGUUGAAGCUACGACCGGUCACAUAUUUAAGUGGCUCACAGGGUUUUGAAAAUGACAUUCCUCAUGCAUAUAUAUGGAGUCCUCAUCUUGUUCCUAAACCAAAAGAUUGGGGACCGAAAAUUGAUGUAGUAGGGUUUUGCUUUCUUGAUCUAGCAUCAAAUUAUGAACCUCCCGAGUCCCUUGUAAAAUGGCUUGAAGAUGGUGACAAGCCGAUUUACAUUGGGUUUGGUAGCCUGCCUGUUCAAGAUCCAAAAAAGAUGACACAAAUAAUUGUAGAAGCACUGGAAACCACGGGACAGAGGGGCAUCAUCAAUAAAGGAUGGGGAGGUCUUGGGGACUUGACAGAACCAAAGGACUCUAUAUACUUGUUGGAUAAUGUUCCCCAUGAUUGGCUAUUUUUACAAUGUAAAGCAGUGGUGCAUCAUGGAGGAGCAGGAACAACAGCUGCAGGGCUGAAAGCUGCUUGCCCAACAACCAUAGUUCCUUUUUUCGGUGAUCAACCCUUUUGGGGUGAGAGAGUACAUGAUAGAGGAGUCGGCCCUCCACCUAUCCCAGUUGACGAGUUUUCGCUUCCUAAGUUGAUUGAUGCCAUAAAUUUUAUGCUAGAUCCCAAGGUAAAGGAGCAUGCAAUUGAACUUGCCAAAGCUAUGGAAAAUGAGGAUGGGGUAACUGGGGCUGUGAAAGCAUUUUUUAAGCAGCUUCCUCAAAAGAAACCCGAGACUAACACAGAGCCAUCUCCAUCUAGUUGUUUCUCAAAUAUAGCUAGAUGUUUUGGUCAUUCCUGAUCCAGUGCAAGCUGGUCAGACCGCCACCGUUUUUCAAUCUCUAUGUACAUUCCAAUCUAUAUUUCCGAGCUGUCACGUGAUUGCAAAUUUCUGUGCAUGCUUCUAUAUAACUUGAGCUUCAAUAUGUGUGUAAAUUUUCUGUUGUGUCUGUAAUUGAUUCCCUUGUACCUGUGUAAUGCUUUUGUUCUUUUCUGUUUUGCACUACACAAAUGUAUCCUUUUUUCACCAUGACCAGAUACAUGUGGUCUAAUCCCUUUUGUUGAUUAUAAUUAAGGGUA